CUGAUGUAACGGGCACAGCUGAGACCGUCACACCGGGGAGACCAGGAAGUUUCACCGGGAGGCUAUCGGUCGGAGAGAACAAGUCCCACGUUUGUUAGUAUGACAGGUUUGUGAAACACGGACAAUGACGAUUGCCAUGAGCAGCUCCGGAGGGACACCCACUUCCUGUGCUCAGAUCAGAGGAUGGACACUGAGCUGGUUGACAGACUGGUGCUGCAGCUGAACAGGAUCUACCCCCAGAUACUCAGCGACAAGGAAGCCCACAGGUUCAGGAACCUGAGCGUGCCCACCAAAGUGCGGUUAGCUGAGCUGUUGAAGCACUUGUAUGGGAAGGGCGAGGAGGCGUGUCAUGAAUUCUACAGAGGACUUCACAUCCACGCUGAGGACGUGUACUUCAGCCUGCCCACCAGAGUCAUACAGAGAGAGCUGGCCGAUCUAAAAUGGACUAACACUAAGAAAAUCAUCCCAGAGCGAUAUGUGCUUAAUGACAGAGGACCAAUGUUUUUCCUGAGCUGUUUCAGUUUUGCAGUGGGUAUUGCAGUGCUCUACUAUUAUGGAGAGGGUGAGACACUGAGAAGCACUGAUCCGUUCCUUCACUGCUCUGCAGCAAGACUUAGUAAAAGCGCUAAAGAUGUUUUCAUUUCCUAAGCUGAGGGUUGGAAAGCAAAAGAAACGAGGCCGUGAAGGCGUUGGGAUGCCUGUAGUAGCCCUGUGAGAGGAACAAGCUGUGAAAUUUGCCACGUCGCUGUGCCAAACUCAUACACACGUUGAAAGCUAAAAAUUGCACGCAUUUGUAAGCACUAAUUGACUUUGCUUUUUAAUCUGAAGCUUUGAUGACAUUAACAUGAGUCAUUCUGUCUUGAAUUCCCACGGCUGAUGACUGUUUCCAAGAAGAAAAAAAGUUUAAUGUUCUUCCAUAAUACGUGUAUGAAUGAGUCCUGGGUUUAUUGUGUGUACAGAACAAUGAUAAUACCAAUCACAUUUUCAGCUAAAAUGAAGCGUAAUAUUAACAGCACACCCACACAGCAGUCACUCCAGCUGAUUAGACCUUUGCUCAGGUUGAAGCUGUGAGUGGAGCUAUGCUGGGAAUUACAGGAUGUCACUUAACUCUACACUGAUCAGCCACAACAUUAAAACCACUAACAGAUGAAGUGAAUAUCAUUGAUCAUCUUGUUACUGUGUCAUGUUCUGCUGGGAAACCUUUGGUCCUGGCAUUCAUGUGGAUGCCACCUGAUUUGUCCCACUCACCCAAACACUGUUACACCCCCCUCAUGGUGACAGCACUCCCCAAUAGUAGUAGCCCCACGGCAGGACAAUGCACCGUGCCAAAAUGCAAAACCUUUUCAGGAAUGGCCCGAGGAGCGUGACAAAGAGCUCAAGAUGUCAACGUUGCCAAACACCAUUGCAGACCAAGUACGCCCCCUCAUGGCAGCGGCACUCCCUGAUGGCAGUGGCCCCUCGACAGGACAAUGCAACAUGCUACACCACAAAAACUGUUCAGGAAUGGCCCGAGGAACUUGAUAACAAGCUCAAGACGUCAACCCCAGAUCAAAAUCCGAUCGAGCAUCCAUGGGACAUGCCGGUACCCCACCUCACAACCACCACACCCUGGUGCCAGAAACCACAGGACACCCCGAGAAGUCCUGUUUCCAUGCCUCGACAGGUCAGAGACGACUCCGAUCUAAGGGGACCUCACAGUGGAUUGGGGCUACCUCUUGGGUACCAGCAUGUACCACGAAUGCUUGAUCAGAUCGGGAUCUGGGGAAUUUGGAUGCCAGGUUGACGCCUUGAGCUUUUUGUCACGUUCCUCGGGCCAUUCGGACAGUUUUUUUUUUUUUGGUGUGGUAUGGUGAAUUGUUCCACUGCUAUCGGGGAGUGCUGUUGCUAUGAGGGGGUGUUCUUGGUCUGCAACGGUAUUUGGGUGAGUGAAGCAGGUCAAGUGGCAUCUGCAUGAGUGCCAGGACCAGAGGUUUCCCAGCAGGACACUGUAACAAGAUGAUCAAUGUUAUUCACUUUAUCCACCAGUGGUUUUAAUGUUUUGACUGAUUGGUGUAUGUGCUACAAGAAUGGGUUAGGUUUUCCUGGCACAACUAAACCAACAGAAGGACAGGUGAGAUGUCAAGUGCAUUUUUAUACGCACACUGUCCUGAAAAGAGGUCUAAUGAGGCUACAUAAAUGAAAACUUCACCCACAAAAUGACAAUUUGUAAAUCAAAUAGUCAUACUGUGUUACCUUGAAUGUGUGAAGACAAUGUCUCGCAUACCUCCAUGCAUGCGUUUACAGACUCUUACACAACUCAUGCAGUACAAUCCAAGUGUCGUAUGCUCAGCACUUCCCAAACCGUACUGUUUAAAACUGUACUAAAAGUGAAAUUUAUUAAUGUUCUUUUCAAAGCCAGACUCCAAUACUAAGGUUUUUCUUUCGUGAAAAUGGAUGGUGUCUGAGACGUGCUGAGCAUAUGACUGGAUAAAUGAGACUUGGAUUAUACUGCAGAAGUUGUGUGCGAGUUAGUAGACAAAUGUUUUGAUAUAGUUUUGCUGUUACAGUUGGCAUGCCAGAAAAAUAAAGUUCUCCACGAAUUUAAUGUAACACAGCAUGACUAACUGAUUUACAAAUGGUCAUUUUGUGGGUGAAGUAUUCCUUUAAAUAAACACUGCUGUGCAGGCACAUACUGCACGACAGCUUCACCUACAAUCAGUGCCUUUUAAUACUUUAAUGUGAGACUGUUGAAAAUCUCCUGACUAAAGUGCACUAUGAUAAUGUUCAACUUUUGCUCAAUUAAAGCACAUUUGACAUAA